CCAAGACGCGGUCGGACAUUAGACUCCAGACUCCAAAGACUCUUCUUUCUUGACUCGAGCCCCGGCGACAUCGUGAUCGCCCGAUGCAUUGUCAAGUCGCGAUCGAGUGUCACAGUCUCCGGCAAGGGCAAAUUCGCAUUCAGAUGAGUACACAUUCUCGACAACAUCAACGCAGGCUUUGUCGUCCUUGAGCCCUGGGCACAGUCUCCAGAGUUGCUGCGCAUUUCGCCCCUUGCGCAGUGCUUCUCCUUCUUGAGAACCAUCUCUUGUGGGGCCGCCUCCACCAAACUCUAAUUCCCAACCCGGACUGGCAAAGAUCACCGACAAUGACGAUUCGGCACACGUGCUUGGCAGCUCCAAGAGCGCUCUCAGCUGGACUGCGAGCUCGCAAUUCACUUACAGCAUUUGCUGCUCCACCUCCGCCUUCUGCCUGCUCCCGGGAAGCACCUGGGCCCUCCAAAGCUGCGCCAAGCCACGACACCCACCAGCUACACACGAUCGCGAGCUCGUCUCGUCUCCCACCAUUGCAGAGCGGUCGCUCUUCUGCAAGGCACGCCAGCAAUGAUGCUUCGAGCAGCAAGUACGAGCGUCGAGACGAAGCCAUCCGGGCCAAACAAGUGCGCUUGGUCGAUCCAGAGACGGGCAAGCUGAACGAGACAGCCGAGUCGACGAAAUCGCUGCUGCAGCGAAUCGACAGGGAGAAUUGGUGGCUGGUGCAGGUGACGGAAGGUGCUCCUGAAGAGGACAAGACGGGGGCACGUUUGCAAGUGGCGGAUGAGGAUACGCCCAUCGUCAAGCUUGUCAAUCGCAAACAAAUUUACGAAAGGGCGAAGGAGAAGAAGGCGCUCAAAAAGUCCGACCCGGGCGCAGCUGCCAGGUCCGAGACUCUGGAAAAGACGGUACAGAUCACUUGGAGCUCUACGCCGCACGACGUGAAGCACAAGCUUUUGGGCGGCAAGACGCACUUGUGGAGGAAGCGUGUAGGCGCUCGAGUAGUGGUGGCGAUCACCAGCAAGAAGGGCAAAGGUCCAGCAGGCGGAUCCACACCAGAAAGUCGGCUCAAGCUGAUCGAAGAAAUUACAGACUUACUUUGUGCACCUCCGGAACCAAAUGAGAUUGGUCGCCCCGAAUUGGUGCAGGAGGCUCACGUUCAGCAAAAGGGCCAGCUGGAGUGGCGCAUGAAUGGGGCUGCAGUCGACAUCACUUUCGAGCUCGCAAGCGGCAAAGCAAAGUAAAGGUACAGCGAUCGUCGCAUAGAAUUUCGCUGUUCACAGCCAGUCAGGCGUGGCUCGCCAUGAGGCAUCAGUGAUGCAUCAGCUCGCGGUCAAGAUGGACCAUCAACGCGCUUCCCUGCAAGGCCAAUCAUGCUCGCCCCUCGCGCACUAGGAUUGCAGGCGGACAGACCGCUUGCAGUGAGAAGGGAUCGGGGCGACAAGAGCGUACAGGAAUCGACACUGGGAACCUCGUACUGUUCUGCUCAGGCGCCUACUGAGUCUAGGAAGCCCGUGAUCUUGGCAAAGUCUGGGAGGUGAGGGUGCCACGCAAGGUCAAACAUGUGAUCUUGGUCUGCAUAGGGUAC